CGCCCCCCUCUUCUUCUAGAACCCUCUCUUCGUCUCCCUCUCACUCACCCGGUCACACCCCCGCGAGCGCGCGCACACUCUCUCUCUCUUUAUCGCCUCUCCAAUGGCGAAGGAUCCCGUCCGAGUCCUCGUCACCGGCGCCGCAGGCCAAAUUGGAUAUGCACUUGUUCCUAUGAUUGCUAGAGGAGUGAUGCUGGGUCCGGACCAGCCUGUUAUCUUGCACAUGCUCGAUAUACCCCCGGCUGCAGAAUCGCUUAAUGGGGUUAAAAUGGAGUUGGUUGAUGCAGCAUUCCCUCUUCUUAAGGGAGUUGUUGCAACAACUGAUGUUGUCGAGGCGUGCACUGGAGUCAGCAUAGCCGUUAUGGUUGGCGGAUUCCCUAGGAAAGAAGGAAUGGAAAGGAAAGAUGUCAUGUCGAAAAACGUUUCAAUAUACAAAUCCCAAGCUUCUGCUCUUGAGAAGCAUGCUGCUCCAAAUUGCAAGGUGCUGGUUGUGGCUAAUCCAGCAAACACCAAUGCAUUGAUCCUGAAAGAGUUUGCUCCGUCAAUCUCUGAGAAAAACAUCACCUGUCUGACUCGGCUAGACCAUAACAGGGCAUUGGGUCAGAUUUCUGAAAGGCUAAACGUUCAAGUUAGUGAUGUAAAGAAUGUUAUCAUCUGGGGCAAUCACUCUUCUACUCAGUAUCCUGACGUUAACCAUGCCACUGUGAAAACUCCAAGUGGGGAAAAACCUGUUCGUGAACUUGUCGCUGAUGAUGAGUGGCUUAAUGGAGAGUUUAUCACGACUGUUCAACAACGUGGUGCUGCGAUCAUCAAAGCAAGAAAGCUUUCCAGUGCUUUAUCUGCUGCUAGUGCCGCUUGUGAUCACAUCCAUGAUUGGGUUCUUGGGACACCAGAGGGAACAUGGGUUUCCAUGGGUGUGUAUUCUGAUGGUUCAUAUAAUGUGCCGGCUGGACUCAUUUACUCUUACCCUGUCACAUGCCGUAAUGGCGAGUGGACAAUUGUUCAAGGUCUCCCAAUCGAUGAAUUUUCGAGGCAGAAAAUGGAUGCAACAGCUCAGGAAUUGGCCGAGGAGAAAGCUCUAGCCUACUCGUGCCUCUCUUAAUUAAAUCACGUUCUGCGUGAAACUUCAUUACAGCGCUUGACCGGUCAGGUAUGGAAUAAAUUAAACCUUGCUUCUGUGCAAGCAGUUGACAUCGAGCUGCAUCUCUAGAUGUUUGUGCUCGUUUUUCUCUUCAUUCUUGUUGUUUGUGGAACAUGAUAGCACUAUUUUUUUUAUUUAUUUUUUUGUGCAAGUUUUGUUGGUUGCAUGAGUCAUGAGCAUUGAUGCAAGCGAAAUUCUAAACUGUAACCCACCCCCACCCCCAAACAAAAAUUAUUAAAUGGCUGGAUUUAUUGCUUAGUA